ACAAAAGCGUAGGAAAUGGAACAGAAACACAGAAAAUCUUUAAGCAACAGGCACCAGCAAGCAGCAGCCAAGUGGCGACUUGUUUCCGGGUUGCGUCACGCCUCAUCCCCCCACCCCCUCCCUUCCCGGCGAGCCACCCUCCUCCUCUAUGCCCCAGCCAGCGCGCACGCCACAGCCGACGCCGUGCUAAGCUUCAGCGCGGAGGCCUCGUGGCCGUGGAUCGUGAUGGAGGCUGCGACAGGAGAGGCGGCCCCGCCGCGACCCUUGGCGUCGUCGGCGGCGGAGCAGGAGCGCCCCGCCCCUCCGUACCUCCCCAGGCUCGUCGCCGGCGUCCUCUCCGGUGUGCUCACCGGCCUCUUCGCGGUCGCUGGAGGCUUGACGGGGGCGGUCACCGGCGCGUUGGCUGGGAGAGCUUCGGACAGCGGCGUUCUCCGGGGAGCUGGGCUGGGGGCAUUUGCUGGCGCUGUCCUGUCCAUUGAGGUCCUGGAGGCUUCCCGCGCUUAUUGGUGCGCCGACAGGUCAACACCGCAGAGUACAUCAUCCAUGGGGGAUUUCGUGGAUCAGCUCCUUCAUGCUCGGUUUGUGGGAGAGCAGUACGAGCCAUCAGUGUAUAUGUCAUAUCGUUGGCAGGUUGGUAUUGCAGAGUUUGGCAAUGAUGAUCCGUAUGAUAUCACUGGAGAAAUUUCAUCCGAUGGGCUCUCACAGGAUAACUUGAAGAAGUUGCCAUACCAUGUGGUGAUUGAUCAGAAACAAGAGCCAGCUGGUGAAAACUUGUCUUGCCCUAUUUGCCUACAGGAUAUCGUGACGGGAGAGAUGGCGAGGAGGCUGCCGAAGUGUUGUCACACCUUCCAUCAGCCCUGUGUGGACAAAUGGCUCAUUGGCCAUGGUUCGUGCCCUGUUUGUAGGCAAGAUGUGUAAUAUAUGAUGUCUUGUUUGUGCUAUCUUCUUAGAGUGUAGGUAACACGGCUGUGUAAAAUGCUUGUUCUCAUGGUACAUAGAAAGGUAAAUAGCAGUAUAAAUCAAGCCAUGCAUGUGUUUCUACAUUGAAAAUAAAACGGCGAUGUACAUAAGAUAUUCCGAGGAUCAUUCUUUUUCCACUCAGUUGAGAUGUCUAAGUGACCUAA